CCAUCUUUAUAUACACAUGCAUCACUACGCCGUGCGCUUCUAUGCUAUUUCAAGGGAAUACACAGUCGGCCUCGUAGGAUGAGGCUUUGGCAUUUCGAGUGGUAUGCCCAUCCGUUCCAGUUUCGAUGCGCCUGGCGAAGUCGCGAAACGAGGCCUGGACCCUGGGCUCUAACCCCUGUCCGCGAGGAGGACUCUCAGCACCCCAUAGGAUUCUCACCGCUACGGGUUCUUCCACCAGAUCGUUACUCGGCGCGAGUAAACUUGGAUCCCCAGACUUAUACAAUUCUUUUCAUUUUUUCUUUUUUUUUUGUUUAUUUACUUAUUUCAUGAAGGGUUCAUGAAAUCUAUAUCGUCCCCCGAAUGAUUCCACGAAAAGUCACUGCUACUGGUCCGAAGACAUCUCCUCUGUGAGCAAGAUGGUUUGAAUCCUAUUAGCUGGCAGAUAGUCGACUAAAAAAGUCAGCUAUGAGCCACAGCCUACGGACAAUCCAGGGUAAAGCGCAAUAGUCAUAUUGUGUGUGAGUAUGCUGACUCACUGUUUUACUGUGCCGCGUCUUCUCGUAAGAAGUACACCUAAGCCACUCCUUCAAUCGCAUAAGACAAGGCUAAGAGACGGAGCUUUAAUGGUGUUGUGCCGCAUUGCACCUCUUAAAUAAAUCAAGAAUCCGAGCAUGGCUGCGCAAUUGAGGCGUAGCUGCAACGUUAUCUGACCAGAUCGGGCUGACCCUCAUCAGGAACAUCUCACCGGGUGAUCUUCUUCUCAUCAACUAUUGGCCCGACUCAGCGAGUCCUUCUGUCUCUCCUAUCUCUUCACGACUUUAAAUUCACUUUCUUAAUCUCCGCCAAGGACUUUGGCAUGCGUGCUGACUGAAAGCCUUGCGACAGUGGAAGUGAAUGCAUUUGGUAGUUUGACAGAACUCAUUGACAUUUCACCGUGUUUCAUCCUCAGGCUUUUUGUGCUGCACCUAGUUUGUAACAAGUAAUUUCUGAUAUCAGCUGAACGCGAGGCAGCAGAGUUCUCGACUCUGAUACCUUCUUCCCUUUCGCACAUUGAGUGAAAGUCGAGCGCCGCACCCAAUGCGGCACUGUCUGGUAUGCCAAGUCGAGUCUUGAUGUUUACAGUGACUAAUCUAGGCUAAUAUGUAUUUUCGUGAGAUUGACUUCUGCUGUUGAUGUGUUCAUAGUGACAUUCAAUGGCUGUCGUCAUUUUCCAACUUUGUAUCGCAUCUUACAAUUCGCCUCGAAGCAAGUGAACUUUAAUGAGUUAUGGUGUUUUGUCGGAGUCAGCACUGUACCAUUGUUUCCUGCUUUUAAAAGCUCAUUCGAGGUGUAUACAAUACCGAAGACGGGCAAACAAUCGGCCAGCGGCAUACCUUCAUUCCACCCCGUUUGUAUGUCAAAGAAUGUCCUCCACUCGACGACUUCCAUGUCUCAUCUUCUUUCCCAAAUCGUCACAUUGGACAAAGGAAAGGCUAUACACUAUUGUAUUCCUUCCGCACUGACUUCAGCU